AUGGCUAAGAUUUGGCAUGAGACUGAAACCACUUUGGACAGUACCUCACCCAGAGAACAACAGGACGAAAAUGACACCAUGAAGCAGUACCUGAGAAACAAAAACCUUGUUCUGGAAUUCCUGCACUCUGACCUGAACCCCCACCACCUCCAGUACCACUGGAACAAAGUUCAUCUUCUGAAGAAGUGUUACUUUUAUUUGAAGUUUGAGCCCAGACACGUGUGCGUGAGAGACCAGAACAAUAUGAUGAUUUUUGCUGACAUCUUGCAAAUAGCAAACCCCUGCCAGCUCCAGAAGAUCAAGAAGGUGGGAAGAAAACAGACAGAAAUCCAGCUGGCUCUUUUAACUGAGCUCUUGGAACAGCUGGAACGAGGUCGGGAGGAGCUGAGCCGUUAUGUACAGAUCUGUGACGUAGAAGCUUUCCUCUCCCAGUGGAACUUGAACAUAAAGAGAGUGCUCAAGCUCUCCAUGUUUCUCAGUAAGCUCAUUUCCUUGGAAGAGCCGAGGAAGCUCCACGUCAAGCACAGUUUGGUAUCACAGAUACAUCUUGGAGGUGCCCUACACCCUCCCAUUACUUUUACUCUCUAUACGAAGAAGCCGCCGAUUUUUGAUCGGACGGAGUCAUUCGCGUGCCAGACCUGGGCCCAGCUCAAGUGGUUCACUGAAAGCCAGGAGUCACACCUGGAACGAUGGCAGCUGGAGAUGAAGCUGGUGCCAGACGACAGUCAGACAGAACCAGGAUACCAUCAGACCCAGGAAGUCAUCUCCAACCCCUGUGUCAUCAACCACCUGAUCCCUGGCAGGUCGUACGAGUUCAAAGUGAGGAGGUCUGACACUCACACGCUCGUCUACUCGCAGUGGUACGACUGCAUUGUAUUGAAGACAAAAACUCACCCUGCUGAGGACACCAAGGAAGCCCCCAGCCGCAGCCUGAUGAGGCGGCUCACAAGACCGACUCCUUCAGUUAAAUGGUUUAAUGAAAAAGGUGAAUAAGAGUAAUU